ACUGGAGAGAGAGAGAGAGAGUGGGUGCAAAUUAGAGGAGGGAUCAAAUCUCAGCAAACACACAAACUCGCUGGUUCUCUUUCCCGUCUCUCUCUCUCUCUGUCAUUAAGACUGACAGUCAGGCGUACACACAGGCACGCACCUCGCCUCCAGGUUCAAGGGGGAUAGAAGACGAGCGGACAAGAAAGAAGGGAAGAAAAAGGGGGAAAGUUGAGUCUCUCUCCCCUGUCAUUACUCUCUUAGACGUGGAACUCGGACUUCAAGGCUGGAAGGGAGGGUUUUUUCCCCCCAGACACCGGUGGAUACUGACCUUACAGACGAGUGGAGAGGAAAACAAAAGGAUUAAGUGAUUCCCUUUUCUAUUUUUUGUUCUUUUUUGGAGGCUUGGAUUGAGCAAGGCAGCUGUAAGAGGGGGGAGAUGGGGAGAUGGACGUUACAUUUCUUGGUGGGGGUUGUACUUGCUGUCCUCACGGCCAGUAGCUACGCUGAAAAAGUAAACCACUGUCUGGCUGCAAGGGCUAACACCUGUUCAGCAUGCAUCCAGUCCGGAAAGGGCUGUGCCUACUGCCCAGACGAGAUCUUUGAUAGUCCCCGCUGUGACCUUCUGGAGAACAUCAUAGACCACGGCUGUAAUGGCGCAGUGACGGCCGAAGGCAGUAUGUCAAUGGAGAGAAACCAGAAGAUUGACAUGUUGAUGAAGCGCUCUCAGGUGGCCCCCCAGGAUAUGUCCAUGACUCUGCUGCCGGGGGAGGAGAGGGAGAUCGAGAUGGAGGUGUUUGAACCAGCGAAAGGACCUCUGGACCUCUACAUUCUCAUGGACUUCUCCAACUCCAUGAAGGAUGAUCUGGACAAUCUCAAAAGGAUGGGUGCUGAGCUGGCUGACUUGGUGGGGAAGCUGUCUGAUGAUUACACCAUCGGUUUCGGCAAAUUUGUGGACAAGGUGGUGGAACCCCAGACAGACAUGAGACCGAUCAAACUGGCCCAGCCGUGGCCCAACAGCGACCCUCCCUUCUCGUUCCGAAAUGUGAUCACUCUGACCCCUGACCUGCAGUCCUUCACCCAGAAGCUGCAGAAGGAGAGGAUCUCAGGCAACCUGGAUGCUCCAGAGGGGGGCUUCGACGCCAUACUGCAGGCUACAGUCUGCGGGGAAAAGAUCGGCUGGCGUGACCAUGCCACCCACCUUCUGGUCUUCUCCACCGAGUCGGCCUUCCACUACGAGAGUGACGGUGCCAACGUGCUGGCUGGCAUCAUGCCACGCAAUGACGAGCAGUGCCACCUGGACCCCGAUGGGAAAUACACAGAGGACACCAGGCAGGACUACCCCUCUGUGCCCACCCUGGUCCGCCUGCUGGGCAAACACAACAUCAUCCCCAUCUUUGCCGUCACAAACCACUCCUUCACCUACUAUGAGAAGCUUCAUGAGUAUUUCCCCAUCGCUGAGCUGGGCCUGCUACAGGAAGACUCCGCUAACAUCCUCAAUAUCCUGGAGAAAGCUUUCGAGAAUAUCCGUUCUAAGAUCAGCAUCCGUGCGGAGGACAGACCUAAAGCUAUAGAAGCUCAGGUCCUGUCUUACAGUGGCAAUGUUGCACAAGCCGGAACCUUCAAAGUCAAGCCUGGGCAAAUAGGGAAGUUUAAGGUGCGUGUCAAAGCCAGUGAGAUGGUUGGGGAGCAACAUGUGUGUAGUCUGGAGCAGGGUGACAAAAAGGGGAAGAUGAGAGUCAAACCGACAACCUUCAGCACAGCUCUGAACAUCAACGCAGAAGUGCUCUGUAAAACCUGCGACUGUGAGAAGAAUCCAUUUCGAAACGCAGUGAGGUGUACAGGCCACGGAGACCUGGUCUGUGGGAAGUGCAAGUGCAACGACGGCUGGCUGGGUCCAUUCUGUAACUGCUCUGCCAGCGCGUCGACGGAUCCGGGCACUUCCUGUCGGGGUCCUGGCGUGGAGGAGCCGUGUUCUGGCCGGGGAGAUUGCCUGUGUGGAGCGUGCGUUUGUUACAACACGGACCAGUACGAGGGGUCCCUCUGUCAGUUUGACAAGUCCCAGUGUCAACGAUACGGAGGUUUCCUCUGCAACGACCGUGGUCGCUGCUUCAUGGGCCAGUGUGCGUGUGCAGAGGGCUGGGAGGGACCGGCCUGUGAGUGUCCCAUGAGCAACCAGACCUGUCUGGACACGAAAGGGGGCGUCUGUAACGGGCGGGGUGUGUGUAAGUGUGGUCGCUGUGAGUGCCAGGACUCUGGCCUGGCCAUGACCCCCACCUGCGAGGCUAACUUCCAGGCCCAGCUGGGGAUGUGUGAGGACAAGAGGAGUUGUGUCCAGUGUCAGGCCUGGAAGACCGGAGAGAAGAAGGACAGCGACAAGUGUGACCAGUGCCAGUUCAAAGUGGUCAUGGUGGAAGAGCUCAAGGAAAAUAAAGAGGUGAUUGAGGCGUGUAGUUUCCGCGACGAGGAUGACGACUGUACGUACCACUACACCGUGGACUAUCCUGACGACCAGACUGUUAAGGAACUGGAGGUCCAGGUGCUCAAGAAGAAAGACUGUCCCCCUGCUGGCUUCCUGUGGCUGAUCCCUCUCAUCAUGUUCCUCAUGCUACUGCUGGGUCUACUGUCGCUCUGCUGUUGGAAGUACUGCGCCUGCUGCAAGUCCUGUCUUGCUUUGCUGCCAUGCUGUGGAAGAGGUCGUAUGGUCGGCUUUAAGGAAAAUCAGUACAUGCUCCGCCAGUCCAUGCUCACCUCUGACCACUUAGACACGCCCCUAGUGAGGACCGGCCCACCCAAGAGCACCGACGUGGUUCGCUGGAAGAUCACCGACAAUGUCCACCGAUCGUCCAAUCAUCCGCUUGCGCAAGUUCAGCCCAACCCCAAAGAGACCAUCCAGUUCCCUCUGUCUCUGCGUCUGAACAGGUUGUUCACAGACAGUCUGUCUCGCUCCGACGCCAGAGACACUGAGUUGCUACGCAGGGAGGUUGAUGACAACCUGAAUGAAGUGUACAAGCAGGUUCCUGGAACCCAGAGAGUUCAGAACACCACAUUUAGAUUACAGAGAAAUGCUGGUAAAAGAGCUGACCACGCCAUCGUAGACACCAUUCUGUCCGCUCCUCGCUCCAGCUACCCCAACAUCGUCAAACUGACUGAGAAAAACGUCCAGUCUGGAAACUUCCAGGAUCUCAAAGUGGUGCCGGGCUACUACACAGUGGCCACAGACAGAGAGGCGGCUGGUGCCGUGGAGUUCCAAGAGGGGGUGGAGACGGUGGAUGUGCACGUGCCGCUCUUCGUCAAGGAGGAAGAUGAUGAUAAGAAGCAGCUGCAGGUGGAGGCGGUGGACGUUCCUCUGGGCAUCGCUGAGAUAGGGAAACGCUUCGUCAGCAUCACUAUCAUCAAAGAACACGCCAAGAGUGUUAUGUCGUUCCUCCAGCCUUCGUACACCUACAGCCGACAGGACAAAGUGGCUAACAUCCCCAUUACUAGAGAGAUCAUAGAGGACGGACACACACAGGUCAGCUACCGCACCCGAGACCUCACCGCCAAGGACAAGAAGGACUAUGUGACAGUGGAUGGGGAACUGUCCUACGGGCCAGGGGAGACCCAGCAGACUGUCCCUGUUCGUUUGUUGGAGAUGGGAGAGGGAGACGGUCUGCUGAAGGACACACAGGUCAAACAAUUUGUCAUGGACCUCAGUAACCCAAGACAGGGAGCCAAGCUGGGACGCUACCCCAGAACCACCGUCACCAUCACUGACAAACCAGAGCCCAGUGUGGUGAUGUUCAUGAAGAGCACCCAGAACUUCUCCACCGCCGACCCAACCUACUCCGUCCCCGUGGUCCGCACCCGCAAUAAGGAGGGGCCCGCCACCGUCCACUGGAGGACCCGCAACGCCAAACGCUUCGAGCUGUCCGGCCCCCUAAAGUUUGGUCCCGGGGAAACCGAGAAGAACAUCGUGAUCGAUCCACGCUCUCACCCUGGCCCGGUGAAACCAGAGUCCUUCCAACUGGAACUGUUUGACCCCAGUACGAAAGCUGUGGUCGGAGAGAGGAAGACAACGAUGGUCACUAUUACUGAUGGAGGACUUCCAGAAAAUGCCCAGAUGGAGAAGAGUGCGGGCUUCAUCAACCAGACAGCCACGUCUCCUGGUGGUCGUCUCAACUCUCCCACCAACGUGAAGGCCAAAGCCACCGGCCCCCGGAGCAUCCGCCUUAACUGGGACCCCUUAGGAAAAUCCCUGGGCUACAAGGUGAAGUAUUGGAUCUAUGGGGAUCCUGAGGCUGACGCCCCCCCUGCGAUGAAUGUAAAGACAAACCAUGCUGACCUGGCCAACCUGUACCCCUAUUGUGACUACGAGACGAAGGUGUGUGGCUACAACGCCCUGGGAGACGGAAACUACAGCGACAUGGUGCCCUGUAAGACCCUGGAGGAUGUCCCCAGUGAGCCCGGUCGUCUGGCGUUCAACGUCAUCAGUCCAACUGUCACUCAGGUCAGCUGGGCGGAGCCUGCCGAGACCAAUGGUGUCAUCACCGCCUACGAGGUUCUCUACACGCCCAUCAAUGACGACACGAAGCCGAUGGGUGCAGCUAAGAAGGUGAAGAUAGACAACCCUAAGAAGAGGAUGUUGCUGAUUGAGAACCUGCAGUCGGCCCAGACUUACUGCUAUCAGGUCCGGGCUAAGAACAGCGUUAGUUGGGGUCCUUUCAAAGAAGCGACCAUCAACCUGGCCUCCCAGCCCACCAGACCCAUGUCCAUCCCUAUCAUCCCAGACAUCCCUAUAGUGGACGCGGAGGCGGGGGAUGAGUACGACGGCUACCUGAUGUACAGCAGUGAGGUCAUGAGAUCGCCAACAGACUCCAAGAGACCCAGCGUCUCAGACGAAGAACCAAUUAACGGCAGGUUGGAACAGAACUUCCUCUUCCCCGGGGGAAAUAAUUCCAUGUCGCGCAGUACCAACAUGUCUUCAUCCAGCUACAGCCAGGUGUCUCCCAUGUCCACCCUCAGCUCCAGCCACCGAGGGGGGGCCGGGGGGUCCAUGUCCAUGGAGUCCACCACAACAUACCUCUCUGGACAAGGAGGAAACUCUCUCUCCCACACUCAGGUGAUUGGGGGUGGGACGCGCACGGAGAAUGUUGUCAUGAGGAAGCGAUCAGAGAACAGAGGUUACUAUGAGUAUGACGACAACAUCCGAGAUUCCAUCAUCAUAGGAGACCUGUCCAGUGGAUUGUCUGGAUACACAGAUGGCCAAAGUACGUAUGGCUUCAGUCCCACUCAGACACAGAGUCAGUACGACUACGGUAUGUCUCAGGCCUUCCGGGCCAGGACCCAGUCUGAGGAUGUCAACGAUGCACUACUGAACCUGGACAGGGUGCUCCAGGACGCUCGUUUGGCCCCUGGGGUCCCUGACACCCCCACCAGGCUGGUGUUCUCUGCCCUGGGCCCCACUGCCCUGAAGAUCAGCUGGCAGGAGCCCCACUGUGACAGUGAUGUUUUAGGGUACUGUGUUCUCUACCAGCUGCUGAAUGGAGGUGAUGUGAAGCGUAUAAACAUGUCCAGCCCCGCAGACAACUCCGUGGUGGUGCAGGACCUGCUUCCUAACCACUCCUACCUGUUCAAGGUGAAGGCUCAGAGUCAGGAAGGCUGGGGACCGGAGAGGGAGGGAGUCAUCACCAUAGAGUCAGCUGUCGACCCCAACAGCCCACUCAGCCCAAUGCCAGGUUCUUCCUUCACUCUCAGUACCCCCAGUGCUCCAGGCCCCCUGGUGUUCACAGCUCUGUCCCCCGAAGCACUGCAGCUGAGCUGGGAGAAACCCCGCAAACCCAACGGAGACAUCCUGGGCUACGUGGUCACCUGUGAACAUCUGCACGGAGGAGGUGACAUGCGUUCCUUCCAGGUGAGCGGUGACAGCGCUGAGACCAGUCUGACAGUUCCGGACCUGAGUGAGAACAUGCCGUACAAGUUCAAAGUUCAGGCCAGGACGACCCAGGGCUUCGGCCCCGAGAGGGAGGGCAUUAUCACCAUCGAGUCUCAGGAUGACGGUAGCAUGUCUCAACUAGGAGGCCUAGGUGGUACAUCUCAACUAGGAGGCCUAGGCAGUAUGUCUCAACUAGGAGGCCUAGGCAGUAUGUCUCAACUAGGAGGCCUAGGCAGUAUGUCUCAACUAGGAGGCCUAGGUGGUACAUCUCAGUACAGCAGUCAGUCCUUGACCAAGAGAGAUGUGUACCAACUUCCUACAGAGGGCAGCACACGCACCAACGUCACGCACACCAUGAUCAACGACCCAUACUACUCAGGAGAUGGUAUGAUGGUGGUGGGGAAGACGACCCAGCACACAGAGACCAGCGGCAUGGUGACACGUCAUGUGACGGAGGUGGUUCAGAGGAGCAUGCAAGUGGCAGGCACCAGCAGCGUCACCAAGAAGGUCGAGAGGUCAUUCUACGAGACCUGAAGUCAAAGGUCAACAACAAGAUGGCGGCGUCCACGGUACCCAACAUGUCCUCCUCUCUGUCUGUUACAAACAAUGGCUCCUGUCCUCCAUCGGACACAGGAUUCAGUCUUCAUUCUUUAGUUUUGUCGUUUGUUUCUAUGUUGUUGCAAACAUUUUACAUUCAAAGAACUCUACCACCCCCACAAAGAUAUGUCUUGUUGUAAUUCUCUAUUGCUUCUAUACCUGAUACCACACCCAGAGGCUUUAGAUAAGGCCAUUACACUUAUCUGAGGUCGGUUCUCAAUAAUUAAAAGUAGCUCCUGCUAAUAUAUAUUUUGACAGAGAUGGGGAGAGCAGGUAAGAUUUUUUGUACUGGUUGGCUACUUUGGCGACUAGGUGUCUGCAACAUGGCUGCAGUUUGUUAAAUUGAUGUCAGUACCUUAAAUAGUUUAUUUUGUAGGGGUUCAUUGUAUUAUUAGAUUGUUGGUAACUCUCACAGCCAUUACAAAUAUAUUAGACUGAUGUGUUUUCUGUAUGUCAGAAGAAAUUGAAUUAAAAUGUUGAUGCCAAAUACUGUAUUGCAAUGUAUUGUUUGUGUAAAAAUAUGUUUCCUAUGGUUUUAUAUAUUUCAUUUCCUUAAUUUUUUCCCGUGCGUAUGUGAACAAAUUUAUUACAUUCAUAAUGGUCCUCUGUAGGUAGAGCAUAGCACUUGCAACUCCAGGAUAGUGGGUUUGAUUCCCGGGACCACCCAUGCCACCUGUAAAAAAAUGAUAUAUGCAUCUGUCACUUUGGACAAAAGCUUUAGCUAAUUCGCAUACAUUAGUUCUAAUUUACAUAUAACCUCUAAGGUAUUCCUAGUUAAAGUGUGUCGCGUUACUGUGUCAUUGUUUCUGAUUGAGCGCUAUGGUCUAAUAUAUUCUAGCAUAACUUCAACGACUUAGUCCGGAUAUUUCUGAGGUAUAUGUUUUGAGACAAAAAAAUAUUGUGUUGUCUUUAUAAUGUAUUUUCAAACCUGUGCUUUAGUUCAAUUCAAAAUGCUGCCCAUUGUAAAGAGUCCUUACACUUAGUAAGACAUGGCAAGAUUAGUUUGUUGUGGAAGUCAUAAACAUUUCAGAAAUAUACCAACAAAUGUAUAAGGCACAGCUUUUUUUUUAUCAUAUCUAUUCAUCAGUUACUGUUUUAUAUAUCUGUCUAUUUUAUUACACUUAAUAAAGAUUGAAUAUAAACCA